ACAAAUGGCUAUUUUCAUGAAGCAUUUUCUGGCCGCUGCUCACUCCUGUCAGACACCGCGAGUCUCUUCCGCUUAGGCGGGGGGAGAAAACAGGUUGGAUAUUAAGACAAAAGCUGCGUUUUUCUUUCGAGUGGGUUUAUGAAAGAAUAUAAAGUCGCGGAAAAAAAAAAAAGAGGAACCGCUCCACUUGCGUGUGAAAAUGGAGCUUCCCGCCGCGGGAGAGCACGUCUUCGCGGUGGAGAGCAUCGAGAAGAAGCGCAGCCGGAAGGGCAAGCGUGAAUAUUUGGUGAAGUGGCGUGGAUGGUCCCCAAAGUACAACACAUGGGAACCAGAGGAGAACAUUCUGGACCCCAGACUGCUAGAUGCUUUUGAAGACAGGGAACGCCAAGAGCAGCUGAUCGGAUAUCGCAAGAGAGGACCGAAGCCCAAGCACCUGUUGGUUCAGGUUCCUUCUUUUGCACGGAGAUCUAGUAUUCUUGCUGACCUCAAUGAUUCGUCUCUGGAUGAAGACCGCUCUGUUCCGAUGUUGCAUCUGCAGAGCCAGCAGUACCAGCUGAACAGCAACAAGCACAACCACUACCAGCCAGUCGUGAAAUCGCGCGAGUCUGCAUUUGCUAAGCCCAGAGAGAUCAACACACCAAAGUUUUCCAAAAAGGGGUACAACCUCCCCCCUGUGCUACAGCAAAAAUGGUUCAGGGACAAAACCUCAGGUGUUUUGACCAAGGUAAAGGACAUCACAAUGGAGCUGAAGAAGCUCCCGGCAGACCUCAAAGGCCACGAGGAGCCAGAGAAGGCAAAGCCCGAACAGCAUAAUGUGAGUGCUCGUAAAUUAAAAAUUGUAAAAAACAAAAACAAGAACGGAAGGAUCGUUAUCGUCAUGAGCAAAUACAUGGAAAAUGGAAUGCAAGCGGCCAAGGUUAAAAACUGUGACUCCCAAACUGAGGAGAAGCAGUUGCAAGGACCUGCCAACACAGAACAUCACCUACAGAAGAUGAAGUUCGUCAAACAUCUUGACCUCAUUCAUGGGUUUGCAAAAAAAAACAAAGCUGUCUCUCUCUUGGAAUUUUCGGGAGAUUGCUCAAAGAAAAAGUCUGCCAAAACGGAGCUUUUUGCAGAGGUAAAGGAUAAACCAAGUGAGCUCAGAGGUCUGGUGGAUCAGCCUUUACAAUUGACAACCAAGCCUAAUCCGGUUUCUUUGCCUCCGGACACUGGAGUUACCGCCUCCAUGGACAGAAAAGGAACCUUGAGCAAAUUUCAAGGAUUAAAACGACACCUUUCAGACACGGACAGCGAGGGGCUUAGAGCUAACAAGAGGUUUGGGGUCUCUCCCCACGCAGUCUCUUCACGCACCCAAAGUCUUGACGCUGACCAAAACGACCACCAGGUCCCUCCUGCCGUGCAGUGUUGUGAAUACGCUGCGCAAGAACACCCUAUUGACUUGCGCAUUGUCAAGUCCAGGCCUGAUGUGUUUGUGGCGACAGAGGAAGAACAAAACGAAAGUGAAACCAUUGCCAAUGUAGACACUAUUCAUUCAUCAACUGUCGGUGACCAGGUAACGAGAAAGGAAGAGACAUUUCCUUCUUUCCAGCCUUUCAAUGGGAAUAUCCUCAUCACAGACAUUACCACAAACUGUCUCACAGUUACCUUUAAGGAGUACAUUACAGCAUAACUGUAUCAAGACAUAGGUGUUGGUUUUUGUUUUUUUAAAAAGUCACAUAUUUGCCCCUUAAAGCCACACACAAAACUCUGGCCGACCUUAGUAUUUGUGUAAGAACUAUUUUUGGCUCGUGUCAGUAGAAAUAUACAUUCAUAUAUAUUAGUAUUUAAACCUUAACAAGUAAUUAAGCUAUUGAUUUACUGCUGCUGACUUCACUUCCCACAGUGUGCACAAUGUCUAACACACCCGGGCCAUUCCAAAAUAGAAAUGAGCGCUCGUUUGAAAAAUUAUUUUAUGUUAUUGUUCAGUAUAUAUUUAUUCUGAAAGAGGCGUCCUAACUAGGGAUGCUGCUGAUACCGAUCAACCAUGAGUGAGAUUUACUAAUACUAAACACAUGCAUCAACUGUCGGUGACCAGGUAACGAGAAAGGAAGAGACAUUUCCUUCUUUCCAGCCUUUCAAUGGGAAUAUCCUCAUCACAGACAUUACCACAAACUGUCUCACAGUUACCUUUAAGGAGUACAUUACAGCAUAACUGUAUCAAGACAUAGGUGUUGGUUUUUGUUUUUUUAAAAAGUCACAUAUUUGCCCCUUAAAGCCACACACAAAACUCUGGCCGACCUUAGUAUUUGUGUAAGAACUAUUUUUGGCUCGUGUCAGUAGAAAUAUACAUUCAUAUAUAUUAGUAUUUAAACCUUAACAAGUAAUUAAGCUAUUGAUUUACUGCUGCUGACUUCACUUCCCACAGUGUGCACAAUGUCUAACACACCCGGGCCAUUCCAAAAUAGAAAUGAGCGCUCGUUUGAAAAAUUAUUUUAUGUUAUUGUUCAGUAUAUAUUUAUUCUGAAAGAGGCGUCCUAACUAGGGAUGCUGCUGAUACCGAUCAACCAUGAGUGAGAUUUACUAAUACUAAACACAUGCAUCAACUGUCAUUUUUUUAAUGUCCUUAUGGUGAGUACUAGAGAUGCGCGGAUAGGCAUUUAUAUCAUCCGCAACCUCAUCACCAAAGUUGUCAUUCACCCGCCGUCCACCCGAACCAACAUUUUAUCAGAACUGUAACCGCCCGCCACCCGCCCACUGAAAUACAUCAGAGGUAGGCCACCAUUACCAAGCACAGACCUAUUUAAACCCGUUUCACAGAGUAAUGAAGACAAUGGGAGCCGCUACCGUUCUGGCGUUCAUCCUGAUGACAAGAAUAUGGGCGUGCUGUGAAGCCAUUGCCUAAGACACCUUCAACAACAUGUGCAAACCGAUUGUUAGUCCCGUAACAUGUUGUGUGCAGCUUCCGCAAUCACACGUACAAGAUUGAAAGGCAUACUGGGUGACACAGAGUACACUGAUGGUUGCGAUAUAAACAACUUUAACACUUACUAAUAUGCGCCACACUGUGAAGCCGCACAAAACAAGAUUGACAAACACAUUUCGGGAGAGCAUCCUCACAGUAACAAAACAUAAACGCAACACAACAAAUACCCAGAAUCCUUUGUAUCCGUGAGCUAUCCUGAAUAUAUUUUUCGCUCCCCCACCCCGCCCACCUUACCGAAACACGUGGGGGGCGAGGUUUGCUGCUAGCGGGGUGUAUAAAAUAGUCAGGAAUUCUCAUGGAUACAAAGGAUUCUGGGUAUUUGUUGUGUUGCCUGUAUGUUGUUACUGGGAGGAUGUUCUCUCAAAAUGUGUUUGUCAAUCUUGUUUGGUGUGGCUUCACAGCGUGGCGCAUAUUACUAAGAGUGUUAAAAUUGUUUAUAUCACACCCAUUAGUGUACUCUGUGUCACCCAGCAUGCCUUGCAGUUGUGUGCGUGUGUUUGCAGAAGCCACACACAACAUGUUAAUGGACUGACAAGUAGAUCGUACAUGUUGUAGAAGGCGACAAAGCCAAUAGCUUCAUAGUACGCCCUAAUACUUUUUAACUGGGUGACUACCGGGAGUCAUUCUAGAGAAUAUUAGCGCCUCCUAUUGUCUUCUUCGCUUUGAGACACGGGUCUUAAAUGGCUCUUUGAAUGGUAAAGGGUACCGAUCCCAGAACCAUGUAUAUCAAAUAUUUCCGGAUGGUCUAACCGCCACCCGCCCGAAUCUAAUUAAAAUCUCUUUUUUCGUCAUGUCACCCGCCCGACCCGCGGUUUAUCCGCGGACUCCGCAGAUGAGACCGCAAACCGCGCAUCUCUAGUGAGUACUGUUGACAGUUUAACAAUAUCAACACAAUAUUUGAAACCCACUGUGGUUCCUUAUGUUCCUUAUUACAUACAAUUGUGAGGAAUAACAGUAAGUAGUACCAAUAACACAAUACACAAUAACAUAAAUAAAGCAAAAACUACCAUUUGGUCAUUUUUAUCCUUAGUUUUUACUCUUGUGUCAAGGACUUACUGGAAGUUUGUAAACAAUAACCAGAACCAAAAAAAUAUAUUAUUUUGAGAAAAUUAAAAUUAUCGAUACAAUCACUAUUGUAUCAAUCAUAUACUGGUACUGCUCUUGAGCACAACAGUUUCUGUAAUAAUAUUGUCUCUCUCGGCCAGGGGUGUCAAACGUACGGCCCGCGGGGAACAGAUUGUAUCUGUUAUUUAAGUUUGCCAAGUAUAAAAAUGAACUGAAAUUUUUAACGAAAGAAACCGCUGUUCUAAAUGUGUCCACUAGAUGUCACAAUAGCAAUUCUUUGUAUCUUUGCAGAUUAUGCUACAUAUGUAAAAAAAAAAACACAUGUUCGGGAAAUAAGCAAACUACAUAAAUAACAUACUGUAAUUCUAUUUUGAUAUUAUUUUUUUAUCCUGAUAGAUUGAAAAUUAACAGCAUUACCACAUCAUUUAUUCAGACAGUAUAAAUAAAGAGAGAAUACUAUUAACCGUAACAUGCAAGUGUAAAAAAAACAAAAAAAACAUGAUUUGUACAAUUUCAGAAUGUGCUUGUUCUGUUUUUAAAGAAAGAAAACAAUCUGAAGUGUUUUUGUUUUUUUUUACGUUAUCGUGCCGUGAUUUUACCAGUCCGGCCCACUUGGGAGUAGAUUUUUCUCCGAUCAAAAAUGAGUUUGACACCCCUGCUCUAGACUGUUAUUUGUUCAUUUCCUGUUAAUAUCUGUAAGUCAGUUCCAUCUCCACUUCUUCAACUUUACUAAGCACUUAUUAGCUGGUGUUUUUCCAUGCUACCUUGCUGAUUAGCAUGUUUUCUCCGGACAUGUUCUCGGUGUGUAACAUGUUUAGCUUCUUCCUCCAGUGUCAACAAUAUUCAUGAUCUAAAGAAAUGCAGUUUGUUUGCCACUAUGGAGGUGAUGAUUACUAACUUGUGCACCGUGCAUGGAGAUACACAAUUAGCUGCUAGCCGCCUAUCAGCCGGCAAACCACAAAUAAACACAGCAUCAGCCAGAGGGGUUUGGCGUUUGCGAUCGUCACUGAGAAGCAUUCUGCGAUGGCAAUCGCGUACGUUUUCACUUAAAUCCGAAGAUACUGAUCCAUGUCUAAUCAAUUGGCGCAUCCAUUGUUAUUGUAAAAUAAGUUGCUUUUUCAGGCUUCUGAUCGGACAAAACGAUCAUGACAAGCAGUGAAUGUUCUCAUGUAGACAAAGAUCUCAUCCAACGGUAUAGAAGAGUGCGUUUUUAAAAAUAUUCAGUCUAUAUGUCCAUCAAAUAUAUUUGUAUUUUCAGAUGUGUGGAUGUACAAACCCAACCUGUUUUUUUUUUUAUCUUGUAUAGUUAUGAAAACAAAUCUUAUUUCCUGUAAUAAGCUGGACAUGUUACGAUCUGUCACUUUAUCACAUGCAGUCAUUUAAAAAACUUCAUAAAGCAGAGGAAAAAAUGCGAUAACUUCACCUAAAAAUGCACUUCAGUGUUUCUCCUCGCCUACGGGAGUCGGGGGUGGUUGAAAAAAUUUGGCUAAUUAUGCAACGAUAAUAAGUUGUACCUCCAAUAUUUAGUUUCCCUUAUUUUCGUAAUAGAACCCUAAAUGAGAGACUCUAAAAUGACACAAAAAGUCAAACUAAAGACAUUAGAUUACUUUUGUUGGGAUUUGACACUAUAUGUAAACCAUUAGAUUAAAAUCUAAUUAGAUUUAAAAAAUAUAAUGAUAGGGGAAACACUGCAUUUAUACGCUGUUGUUCAUGUUUGGAUACUUUAUUAAUGAGGUUUUGAUUACUGUCUAAAUUCACAUAUUUGUAAAAAAUGUGGACUGGAGAGGUUUGGGUGAAAAGGGGAUAUUGAACCAUUGUCAAAUGCACUGUGUGUGUGUGUGUGCGUGUGCUUGUGUGUGCGUGUGCGUGUUGUAUUUCCACCCUUCUUGAGACAUCAACAAGGAAAAGUACCGUCCUUAUUAGGAUCGGUGAACAAGUUAGGACAUAAAUCAUGGUCCCAAUCCGGAAAACCAUUACAUCUAACAGAGAAUGUCUCAUUUGCACCCCUGGUGAGAAAAUCUAUCAAAAUGAGGGGGGUCCCAAAAAGGAGAGAUUUUUAAAAAAGACUGUGUUUUUAAAGUGCUCGCCCUCUGGUCAACAUAUGAAAUAACAAGUGUGUGUAAGAAAUUGAAAUGUGCCCCCUUUGGCCAAAAUUUAUUAAAAAAAAAUGUUUAUAGAGAGAUACUGUAUUAACUUGAAGUAAAUAAUGAAGAUUAAAAAACAGUUGCAAGCAAAACAUUUAAUAUGAACUAAAAGCAAUCUUUUUCUCACAGUGUCGACUUUUAUCUUAAAAAUUGGGAACAAUUUGUCUUUUCUUGUAAAAUUAUUACUUUUUUAUGUAAAAAUACUUUUUACUGCAAAAUGGUGGCGUUUGUCAUAAAAUUCUGACUUUCAUCACAAUAUUGCCAAUUUUGUUGUUGUAAAAUAAUCACUUUUUUUUAGUACAAUGAUGCCCUUUUUUAUAAUUUUGCAAAGGCAAAUCCCAAUGAUAAACCCAACACAACAAAUAUCCAGAAUCCUUUGUUUCCGUGACACUUCCUGAAUUAUUUUACACCCCCGCGCCCCCAACCCCGCCACCUUACCAACGCACGUGGGGGGGGGGGGGGGGGGGGGGGGGGGGGGUGCUGCUAGUGGGGUGUAUAAAAUAGUCAGGAUUCUGGGUAUUUGUUGUGUUGCGUUUAUGGUGUGUUACUGGGAGGAUAUUCUCCCGAAAUGUGUUUGUCGUUCUUAAUUGGUGUGGCUUCACAGUGUGGCUUCACAGCGUGGCGCAUAUUACUAAGUGUUAAAAUUGUUUAUAUCACAACCAUUAGUGUACUCUGUGUCACCCAGUAUGCCUUGCAGUCGUGUGCGUGUUGCCGCGGAAGCCACACACAACAUGAUGCUGGACUGACAAGCAGAUCGUACAUGUUGUAGAAGGUGAGAAAGUCAAUGACUUCAUAGCACGCCCUAAUACUUUUUUUUGGGUGACUGCCGGCAGUCAUUCUAGAGAAUAUUAGCGUCUCCUAUUGACUUCUUCGCUUUAGGACACGGGUCUUAAAUGGCUCUUUGACUGGCAAAGAAUACGGAUCCCAGAACCAUGUACAGUAUAUCAAAUAUAUCCGGAUGGUUCAACCGCCACCCGCCCGAAUCUAAUUAAAAUCUAUUUUUUCGUCAUGUCAAUCGCCCGACUCGCGGAUGAGACCGCAAACCGCGUAUGUCUAAUUUACACCCUUCUUUAGACAACAACAAGGAAAAGUGCCGUCCAUAUGAGGAGGUGUGAACAAGUUAGGACAUAAAUCGUGGUCCCAAUAUAGAAAACCAUUACAUCUAAUGGAGAAUGUCUCAUUUGCACCCCUGGUGGGGAAAUCUAUCACAAUGAGGGUGGUCCCAAAAAAGAGGGAUUUAUCAAAUUGACUGUGUCUGUUUUUAAAGUGCUCGCCCUCUGGUCAACAUAUGAAAUAACAAUUGUGUGUAAGGAAUUGAAAUGUGCUCCCUUUGGCCAAAAUUAACUUUAAAAAAAUGUAUAUGUUUAUAGAGACAUACUGUAUUAACUUGAAGUAAAUAAUGAUUAAAAAACAAUUACAAACAAAAUUAAAAAUGUACUAAAAGCAGUCUUUUUCUUACAAUGUGUCAACUAUUACUUUAUAAAAUUGGGAACAAUUUCUCAUACUCUUUCUGUUUCUGUAAUAUUGCAAUAUUUUCUUGUAAAAUUAUUACUUUUUUAUGUAACAUUACUUUUUACUGCGAAAUAUUUGUCAUAUAAAAUUCUUACUCAUCACAAUAUUGCCAAUUUUUUUGUUGUUCUUGUAAAAUAGUGAAAUUUUUUCAGUCCAAUGAUGACUUUUGUCAUAAUUUUGCAAAGUAAAAUCCCAAUCAUUAUAAUAUUGCCAAAAUUCUAAAGUAUUUUUAUAAAAUUGUAACAUUUGCCAAGUAAAAUUAUGACUUUUCAAAAAAUUGCCAAAAUUUUAAACUUUUCUUGUAAAAUUGCGACUGAGUAAAACUCCAACUUUUAUCAUAAUGCGCAAAUGUUCCAUUUUUCUCGUCAAAUUUGGACUUGCCUUGAGUAAAAUGACAACUUUUAUUAUAAUACUGCCAAAGUUCUAUGUUCCACUUGUGAAAGUGUGACCUUUUUUCUUGUGAAAUUCCAACUCAUUUUUCACAACAAGCUUUUUUAUAUUUGCAUAGUAUGUCCAUCCAUCCAUUUCCUACCGCUUAUUCCCUUUGGGGUCGCAGGGGGGCGCUGGUGCCUAUCUCAGCUACAAUCGGGCGGAAGGCAGGGUACACCCUGGACAAGUCGCCAACUCAUAGCAGGGCCAACACAGAUAGACAGACAACAUUCACACACUAGGGACCAUUUAAUGUUGCCAAUCAACCUAUCCCCAGGUGCAUGUCUUUGGAGGUGGGAGGAAGCCGUAGUACCCGGAGGGAACCCACGCAGUCAUGGGGAGAACAUGCAAACUCCACACAGAAAGAUCCCUAGCCCGGGAUUGAACCCAGGACUACCCAGUACCUUCGUAUUGUGAGGCAUACUAUCUAUAUAUUAUUAAUGUUGUAAAUACACAUUUUUAUACUGUAAAUCUAGAAAGGGUGGUACUAAAGAGGUAGGAAUUUUUCUCAGGUCUCAAGAAGGUGACAAAUACGUGUGUGUGUGUGUGUGUGUGAGGGUGUGUGUGUUUGUGUGUUUGUUCUGCCAAUGCUUAAAGGGGAAAUCGCUCUGUUUACACAGUCACCUUUUGGGGACUUCCGACGAUAUGGGGACCAAAAAAAGCAGGUCCCCUAAAGGGAAACCUUUUUAAAUGAUAGUCCGAUCCAUUCAGAAGAUGCCUAAGUGAUUUAUAAGCUUUGGCUCAUAAAACAUGUUUGCUGAAAAGUAAGCAUAUUUAACAAAUAUAUAUAUUUUUUUUUAAAUGGUGCUCUGUAGUUCCGUACAAAUUUGUGUGAAUUAUGCAAAAUUUAAAUUUGGUCCCCAUGAACCAUAUCAACUAUUUUUCCCCAGGGUCCCCAGUAAGUAUGAUCAGCACAUUACUUCAUCAAUCCAGAGAUUUAAAGACGUGUAUGAGCUAACUGGGCAGUGGCCAUUUUACACAAUUUUUUUAAGGCCUCCACAACCUGUAGAAAGGGUGGCCCCCACAAGUCACGAACAAAAACGUGUGUGUGUGUGUGUGUGUGUGUGUGUGUGUGUGUGUGUGUGUGUGUGUGUGUGUGUGUGUGUGUGUGUGUUCUAGCAAUGCUUACUUAAUGGGGACAUUGCUCUGUUUACACACUCACCUUUAGGGGAUCUCCGACGGUAUGGGGACCAAAAAAGCAGGUCCCCUAAAGGGAAACCUUUUUAAAUAAUAGUCCGAUCCAUUCUGAAGAUGCCUAAGUGAGUUUUAAGCUUUGGCUCAUAAAACAUGUUUGCUGAAAAGUAAGCAUGUUUAACAUCUAUUUUAAUUUUUUUUAAAUGGUCCUCAGUAGUUCUGUACAAAUUUGUGUGAAUUAUGCAAAAUUAUUUAAAUUUGGUCCCCAUGAACCAUAUUAACUCUUUUUCCCCAGGGUCCCCAGUAAGUAUGAUCAGCACAUUACUUCAUCAAUCCAGAGAUUUAAAGACAUGUAUGAGUGGCCAUUUUACAAUUUUUUUUUUAAUGCCUCCACAACCUGUAGAAAGGGUGGUCCCCACAAGUCACGAACAAAAACUUUUGUGUGUGUGUGUCUGCUCAGUGUCAUUUCUGAUGUUGAAGAAAAUGGCUUUUUCAGAGAGAGUUUCCCCCUCUUUUGAGCAAUGUAUUCGGGUCCAUGUGACCAGGUUAAAUUUGUUCUGCAGCAGUGCAGAGAGUAUUCUCCGUGUGAUAGCGGUCCCAAAUCUAUGUGCCAGAUGAGCUGUGUAAUCCAUCUGCUUCAGACCACCAGCCGGGUGGUCUAUCGUUCGUUCAUUCCACACAUCUGUGCCGGUCAGACAAUGGUCAACAGUCAACACGUUUACAUGCGCACAAAAAUAACCUCAUUAUCGCGUGAAUCGGUUUAAAAACAAGAUUAGAUCCUGUUCAACCUUUUAAAAGGUCAGAUUAAUAACAUUAUGUUAUUAGUCCCCAAAAGCACCUGUAUGAAAAUAGAAGAAACUGAUUUAUUUGGACGUUAAACCAAUAAAUUUCAUGAAAGUGCACCUUUUACAUUAUUUAGUUGUCUCGGACUAUGCACAUACUGACUGUACUCGCCUCCUUAUUAUGUGUCCACUUCCAACCACCCCAGCUCUGUCUGUUGCAUAUCUUGAGGUGCAGCAAACUGCUUUAAUGCACUAUUAUUGUUUUGUGUGAUUAGUCAAUUUUUUCCUUAACAUUUGUGGUAAUAAAAUGUUUGCAAUA